AUGUUAAUCUUGACAUCGAAAGCAACUAAACCUGUUAUGGAUGAAGCUGUUUCCGAGAAUUUGUGUUUUAAAAGAAUAUCCAAUGAGAAUAACGGACGACAGAAAAUAAGAAACGACGUAAGACAUACAGAAAGAGAAUUGGCAAGAAAGGAUAUUCUCAAUUUUGCAAUCACCCAGAAGUGA